AUGAUGUACAAAAUUUACAUUUUGUGUCUGUUGGCGGCGGCCAUGGCGGCACCAUCUCCUGUAGCCGAAAUCCCAGCCGAAGUGGAGCUGGAGGUUAAGCAAGAGGCGGUGCCGGAGCUGGACGAGUCGCGUCUGGCGGGUAUCUUUGUGAAGGACGGCAACGAGAACGGACAGCUGCGGUUCCUGGCCUCGGGCCUCUCCAGCAGCUCCUCGACCAGCGGCAGCACUGGCUUCAACUCCGCCCUGAAUCAGUACAUCACGAACAAGCAGGAUAUGCUGGAGCAGCUGCGUCCAAGCAGCACAGGCACAGGCACCACAACUGGCACGGGCACGUCCCUCGUCACUGGAACCUCCACGAGUGGGACCGGCAGUGGCCUGGUCACGACCACCUCUAAUGGUGCCAUCUAUGUGAAUGCGGGUGGCUCCUCGUCGUCCACAUCGUCUGGCUCGUCGAGCACCAAUGCGGCCCUCAACCAGGCCAUCUAUGGGGCCUCGCCCAUCGCGGAUCUUCUGCCCCAGAUCGUGGCGCAGGGGCUUUCGACGCGUCGUCGUCCUGGCAACAACAACAUACGUCGUCGCGUUCCCAAUCGCCGUCGCGUCAAUAAGCGACGUGGCAGCGUCAACAACAACAAUCUGCAACGCCGCCGGCGUCGUGGUAACAAGCGGGGCAAGAAGAAGGCCCAGGUGAUGGUCGUACGUCCCAAUCGCGGUUGA